AUCCAAAAUACAAGUAUCCCAGCUACUACUAGGCUCGGGUCGUCGUCAUUUAUUGAUAUUUCAUGACAUGGGAGAAUGGAACUACUAUUCCGCCGCCUGUCAAAAGAUGCAGCUGCAUGGUUGAACUGAUUCUCCCCAUUACAAGCAAAUCCUUCGCAUCCCGACUCCUUUAAAUACAAUCCCCGCCACCCUUUCCUUGAUGCAAAGCAAGACGUGUGAUUUUACGCUUGCUGACCCCGCCAUACUACGUCUCUUUGGGAGCCUUGAACCCCUUUAGUAACGCAACCGUCUCCUUUCCUCAGACACAGAAUCGAGGCGCCAAAAUGUCUCUUGUCGGCCGCGUUGUUCCUGAAGGAUAUAUUGAGGGCUUCGUCUGUACUCUCGCCACUUGCGAUGUCCACCAAUGGGGGUUUGUGAAAUACAUCCCGUCGUUGGGGGGGAACCUGUUCUUUCUUAUUCUCAUAUGCGCCUUUAUAUUUGCCCAGAUAUGGCUGGGUAUCAAAUACCGUACAUCUUCAGUCUGUAUGUGUAUGCUUGCGGGCCUUGUACUUGAGAGUGCGGGCUACAUCGGCCGUAUCCUUCUUCACAGCAACCCUUUCUAUCGGCCUUAUUUUUUGCUGUACUUGGUCUGUCUUACGCUGGGGCCCGUCUUCUUUGCAGCAGCUAUCUAUCUCUGCCUGGGUAGAAUUGUGGUUAUUGUUGGGGAAGAGAUUAGCUGGCUGAAGCCUCGGACGUACACGUUCGUAUUUGUGGCAUGCGAUGUUUUAAGCUUGUUGAUCCAGGCCGUUGGGGGGGUCAUCGCGUCGAUUUUCCCAUUGACCAACCCGACCAUGAUUGAUCUCGGCACUCACAUCAUGGUUGCUGGUCUUGCCAUCCAAGUUGCAAGUCUCACAGCUUUUACAAUCAUUGGUGUUGAGUUUGCAUUGCGGGUGUACAAGAACCGAAAUCAUCUGAACCCUACCCAUGCCGACGUCUACAACUCCCAGAGAUUUAAGCUCUUCCUUGGAGGCCUCACUCUCGCUACUGUAUGUGUCUUCACGCGGUCGGUAUUCCGUGCCGCCGAGCUUUCUGGCGGCUUCGCCGGCCAUCUUGCGAACAACGAAGUAUCAUUCAUGAUACUAGAUGGCGCCAUGAUUAUGAUUGCGUGUGGCGCAUUUACUCUUCUGCAUCCGGGGUACUGUUUCACCAAAGCUGGCUGGGCCGCAGCUACCUAUCCGUUCUUCAACAAGAAUGAGGAAAAAAUAGCACGAAAUAAGGCACGAGAUGAAAGACGGGAAGUCAAACAACAGGCUAUCAUUGAUGCUAAGGAGAAACGAUUUAAUAGAGGCCCCAAGGUAGUGCCUCUGGCACGAGCGGAAAGUGGUGAAAACACAGGACAUGGUAGUGACGGGAGCUUAGGAGCGAGUGAGAAGAUCCCCGAAACCGUUGGAGAUAUCCAGAAGGCACCGCACGCUCAAUAGAAAUUGCAUGGGUUGUAAUAAGUCAAGAACCAGCCAGAUGAGCUAGAGGGUCUAAGUAGUGACAAUUGUUGCAUUUGUGCUUCCUCGGCAUGGCAUAAUUACGGUAUAAUAUAAUUUACAUAUUCACCACACAUACAGGACUAUUAGUACCAAUUUCUAUAUUUUCUU